CAUCAAAAGAUGUCAACGACAAUAGUACAAUAGAACACAUAGGAGUUAAAGUUGGUGAUAUUAUCUAAACGAAUGUGCUAAUUAAGAAUGGAUGGUAGGGCACUCAAGGUAUAGCUCUAGUGGGUUAUGGUGUUGGCAGAUUCCCUGAACAAAAUUAGUGAAGCUGUCUUGUUUAUCUUUCAUCCAUGUACAUUAAUUACUUUUGCCUGCCCUUUCCCGAGCUGUGAUUUCUGUUGCUGCUGGAAUCAGGAACUGAAAUUGAAAUUAUUUCACUUCAUACCGGGCACCGAUUUACAUGGAGCACAGGUGAUUCGAGAUGGAAGCUGAUCUUUCCUGUGCUGUUUGCCAGGAUCUGUAUAAAGACCCUGUCUUAAUUGACUGUGAUCACAGCUUCUGUCGAUCGUGUAUAACGCAAUACUGGGAGAAAGCUGUCACUACCUCCUGUCCUGUCUGUAAAAAGGAGUCUUCCACCAGGACUUUGAGACUUAACCGCACCCUCUCCAACAUCGUGGAGACAUUUAUAAAAAGUGAUCAGGGUGAUAAAAGUCAGCAGGAGUGCAGCUGUCAUGAGGAGAAGCUGAAGGUUUUCUGUAAAACUGACAAUCAGCCCAUCUGUCUGGUUUGUCAGAUUUCAAAGAAUCAUCAAAACCACGAAGUGUUGCCAGUGGAAGAAGCUACUGAAGAGUUUAAGGAGGAACUGCGAAACAUACUGAAGCUAGUCCAGGACAGAACGAAGGAAUGGAACACUGUAAAAAGUGAUUAUGAGAAAACAUUAGCCCACAUUCAGGACCAAAGUGUAAAGACAGAGAAGCAGGUUACAGCCGAAUUUGAAAAACUUCACCAGUUUCUCCGUGAGGAAGAGAGAAUCGUGUUGGAAGAUCUGAACCUGGAGAAAAAGAAAAAGAGUCAGGAGAUGAAGGAGGGGAUUGAGAAGAUAACAGAGGAAAUCUCAUCGCUUUCAGUCACUGUUCGGGAUAUUGAACAAGAGCUGAGUGAACAGGACAACAUCAAGUUUUUAACGAAAUUUCCAGAUCUGCAGAAAAGAGUGAAGCGAACUCUCCCAGAGCCACAGAAGGUUUACCCUUUAAUAAAUGUGGGGAAGUACAUUGGGUCGCUGCAGUACAGAGUGUGGAAAAAGAUGCUGACUGUGAUUAAUACAGCUCCAGUGACCUUCGACCCUAAUACAGCCAAUCUUUACCUUCUCCUGUCUGAGGAUCUGAGGAACGUGAGAAACACAGGGAAAUGGGAGCAGCUCCCCAACAAUUCAGAGAGAUUUGAUCGGUGUCCCUGUGUCUUAGGAUUGGAAAGAUUCGCAUCAGGGGAACAUUCCUGGGAGGUGGAGGUGGGGAACAAGACUCAGUGGAAUGUGGGUGUGGCCACGGAGUCCAUCAAUAGGAAGGGUCAAAUCUAUCUGAGCCCAAGUAACGGAUACUGGGCAAUGGCACUAAGAGAUGGAAAUGACUACUUGGCUUGUGACGAACCUUGGAGAAGUUUAGAGCUGUGUGUGAAGCCGAGAAAGAUUCGAGUCUGUCUGGAUUAUGAGGGAGGGAGGGUGUCCUUUUAUAACUCAGACAACAAGUCCCAUAUCUACACUUUCACUGCUACAUUCACUGAGAAGCUCUAUCCUUACUUCAGUCCGGGUUUUAAUAUAGGGGGUAAAAAUCCAGACCCACUGAAAAUCUGUCCCCGGACAGUAACAAUCCAGCAGGACGAAUGUUUAAUUAACUUCUUCACAUAAACAGCUUCUUACAUCAAGCAUGGCAUUCCCAGACUUGGCAGCUCCAGACACUCACAGGCAGUAGGAAGCCUUUACUCGAGCACUCCAUCCAUUCACUCUCUGUUGAGUGUGAGAUCCUGACAGUGGUGCAAGAAUCUGGGAAAAUCUCACCCCAGUAAUACAGUAAUAAUCACUGAUAAAUACCCACAGGGUCUGGGAAAAGCUCGCUCUAAUAACACCAAUAAUCACUGAUAAAUACCCACAGGUCUGGGAAAAGCUCACUCUAAUAGCACCAAUAAUCACUGAUAAAUACCCGUAGGGUCUGGGAAAAGCUCACUCCAAUAGCACCAAACUCCAUCUCCCAGUACCUCAGUGACAAUGAGAGAAAUAGUUUAAUUUUAGGAUCACAGCUUGUGUUUCCAACAGUAAAUUGUAUGAAUAUCAGUAAACAAUGAGUUGAACCAUAAUGACAGAAUAGGCUCACACACAGUAAGCUACUAUUUUAAGAAUAUAGAUGUAGGAAACUGCUGAAUUGAUGGUGUAUCAGGACAAUAUAAUUAUUCCAUUUCCCAACGGUCUUGAAUGUAUUUAUCCACAUGCAUUUUGUGCUCUGCUCUGUAUGUCUGGAGGGGAUUUUUAUGUGGGGCUUCAGUGACUGCUUCACCCAUGAUGUAAGGUCAAUGCAAUAUAGAUUCGAUACUUGCAGCACAAUCUGAUAACAGGUUUACUUGUUGGUCAUUUAAAGCAUCUCUCUAUUGCAACAUGUGUGAUUCCUGUAAUAAAAACAGAGAGUGCUGGAAAAAC